CCCGUAAUGAGCAAAAAAAAUUUUAGGAGAAGAGCUAAACUACUAUAAAGUUGGUUGUUGUACUAAAUAGUUAGUCAUUAGGAUAUUAGUUGUAGUACUAUGAGUUCAUCAGCUAAUUUGAAAUACGAAGAUAUUCCCAAGAGAUACAUAGAUCCUCUUGCUCCAAAGGAUAAAGGAGAAGGUAGUCGAGUUAAUGGUAAAGACUGGAAGAUAAAGAAAGAUGCAUUCAGAGUAAAGACACUUGGAGUUAAAAGAUUUAGUUCAUUCAAAGAUAGAGAAGAAAAAAAGCUUCAAGAAGAGCAAUAUAAAGCUAGAGUGAAAGAAUUGAAAGAAGAAAAGGAAUCCAUCAGAAAGCAAAGAAUCGAUGACUUGAAGAGAAGAAGAGAGAUCAAGGCUGAAAAGGAACGUUAUGAAUUAAUGGCUGCUAAGAUGCAUGCUAAGAAGGUUGAAAGAAUGAGAAAGAGAGAAAAGAGAAACAAAUUGUUGAAAGAACGUUAGUUGAGCUAUAUAUUGGUUAAUGAUUAUUUCAAGAAGAUAUCAACAAAUCUCCAAACAGUGAUAGUUAAUUUCACAUCUUCGCAUAUUAGCAUCUGUAUUCAUUUCUUACAUUUUAAGUUAGUUAAUACCCAUUAUUGAGGGUAUUUGAAUUACAAAUUUCAUGGGCAUUAUUAUUCACAAUUAUCAGUUACAUAAGUUAACAAAAAGGCUAGACAUACCCAAUAAAUAAAGUCAGACUUUAGACAUUUUGACACUAGGAUUUGUCCAUAGGCUCUUAGUCUAUGACUUUCCUCUAACUAUUAGUGUUUAUAGAUUAGAUCUCUAUUUCUAUCUAUAUUACCAGCUUAAUUAUAAUUCUGGUUAGUCUCCUUCCUAAUUGGGAAAAACUCAUC